GCUCAGGCCAACCCGAAAGCCCCAAAAGCCCCAAAACCUCGUUGCCUCAUCCAUCCAUCAUCGAGCGAUGGCUUGUAACCCGACGGUGUACUUCGACAUAACAAUCGGCGGGGCCCCGGAGGGGAGGAUCGUGAUGGUGCUGUUCGCCGACGUGACGCCGAAGACGGCGGAGAACUUCCGGGCGCUGUGCACUGGGGAGAAGGGGUUCGGGCGGUCGGGGAAGCCGCUCCACUACAAGGGGUCGUCCUUCCACCGGGUGAUCCCGGGGUUCGUGUGUCAGGGCGGUGACUUCACCGCGGGCAACGGGACCGGUGGGGAGUCCAUCUAUGGAGGGAGGUUCCCGGACGAGAACUUCGUCAAGAAGCACAUAGGGCCCGGGGUGGUGUCGAUGGCCAACGCGGGACCCAACACCAACGGCUCCCAGUUCUUCAUCUGCACCAUCCCGACGCCCUGGCUCGACGGCAAGCAUGUCGUCUUCGGCCACGUCGUCGAGGGGAUGGACGUCGUCAGAGCCAUUGAGGAGGUGGGCUCCCAGUGGGGCAGGACCUCCAUGACCGUUACCAUCGCCGACUGCGGCCAGCUCUAGCGGUUUCUUUCGAUCUGUUCGAUCCAUGCCAUGCUCUGUCUUGGCUGAAUCUAUGCUUUUAUGCAUUAAUAAUAAAAUUGGAUUUCAUUAAGGUAAUGUGGAAUUUUUCUUCCCCUUUUGUCUGACUUGUUACUUGUCUUCCAUGGUGGGCACUAGAGUAGAUACGUACUACUUUGGAUUGAACAUUAAUUUUAGGGUGUGUUUAGUUCGCGAUAGAAAUUGAAACUAGAAUGAAUUAGGAUGAAAUUCGAGAUGAUCGUAUCAUCCGAUAUAUUUGAUUUGUAAUUAUGAUCGAAAAUAAAAUUAGAG